AUUUACGGCCUGGUUAGGGACUUUAGGCUUUUAGGCUGUUUUACUUCUGGCCUGGCUUUUGCUAUGUGGUGGUGCUUACAGCCGCUUGUCAGCGCCUCGUUUUAUUGGCCACGCCCACGCCCACACUCACUAUCUGCCGCCCACUCACACUCGCGACUCACUCGCUGUAAAUGAGCAACUUUCUGCUGCUCCACACACCUCCGACUCUGUGUGUGUGUGUGUGUGUGUGUGUGCUUUUUGGCAAUUUCGCAUGCAGUUUAUGACUAGGCACAGGCAACAACAACAACAGCAACAACAACAAACUUACAACUUGUGCAGCUGUUGUAGCUGCCACAUGCAGCAUAUUCGGAGCUAAGGCCACCUCAUCAUCUCCUCCCGCUUCUAUAAAAGUUGAUCAAAAUUAUAACUACGCCUGGACAAACAUUUUGCCAUUGAGGCAGGCUGGGCCCCGCCCCCGCCCCCUUUCGUCCGCAUGUUUUUGGACAAUUAGAGUGCGGCUCAUUGCCCAUAAAGUUAUAGAAUUCAUGGGGCACGCUUUGCAGAACGCAUUCCCAGUUUACUUAUGGCCAACUUAGUUGGACCCACAGAAAGCAUGAGAAAAAACUUUCGUUUCAUUAGCUGGCAUACGUAGGCUAUACACAUACAUAUCCAUAUAUCCCGCCCUACCACAGGAUAUUCACUUUUAUGGCUGCACAUCUUGCGCUGGGUUUUAAUAAAUGCUGCACAUAAACGAAACUAACGGAAGUUUUAACUGAAUCAAGAACUGAUUUCGUGCAAGGCAAGAGGCGAAGGGAUGAAACUUUGAGGCAUUGAUAUUGAUACGAAAGGCGACUGGAAUUGAUCUAAUUAAUGAGAUAUCCAGAAGAACUUUUCUACAGAAAUGUUAGCUGAUUGUCCUUCUGACUCUUUUUAGAGGAUGAAUAUACAGAAAUUGCCUUCCACUUGGUAUAUUGGGGGAUAAAUCGUUAUUAAAAGAGAAUAUAUACUUAUUUAUCUCUCUCUGUCUUCCUCUCUCUCUCUCCUUUUUUUUGCUCUAUCUAUUUUACAAUUCCCCUUCUCUCUCUCUAUAAUCACUAGAUCAAACUCUUCUCGACUGUUCCAGAGACAUAAUAUCCAAGCUAAUAGCUCGCUCAACAACAGAUUACUUGCUAUCAUUUCAUUUUAGUUAUUAAAUCGAAUCAUCCACUCAAAUUAUAAUAAUUACAUCUAAAUUACGAUCGUAUGAAAAAGUGUGUCGCAUUGUUCCGCAUUUCGCGUAGUUGCAACAAAAUGUUGCAGUUGAACAAUUGUCGAUGAGCUGCACAGCAAUAUCAUUUAGUUAUGUGAGAUGAGUUAAUAAUUGUUGUUUUGGAAUGGAUUAGCUCAGGGAGGGCUGCACAGCGCCUGGUUGAGCCUACUUCCGUUUUGCAUGCCGCAGAUCCCAGAGACAGAAAGAGGGACAGAGGGAGAGAGAGGUGGGCAACGAGAAGCUGUGGCGAAAAUUGUUCAAUUGUUGCCACCUUGUGGUGCGCACGAGUGCACUUGCAACAGCCGCGCCCACUCAGGCCCGCCGUGCCACAAGCUUGUUAAUCAUAAUUAAACACACGUAAUGCGGGGCGCCAGCGUGGCAGGCGUGGCAGGUGCGCGGCAUGCAAAUGUGGCCGGCAAGCGGAGGCUGCAGCGGCCACAUCAAAUGUGCACCACAUGCGCUGCACCGCCAAGGUGCAGUGAACCCCUGCGCCCAGCCCACAGCCGAUAUAAAAGCGCGCCAGCCGCCAGCCCGCCCAGGCAGUGCGCCAAGCGAACGUGCCGCAAACGGUGGCAAGACGGUAUUAGCCGCAAUCAAUCAACGCUUCGAAUAUCACACAGACCAACCACAUCAACAAUGCGACAAGUGAGUGAAUCAUUCGUGAGUGUUUGGCAGUGAAUCAAGUGAAUGCGAAUGCAUCGCAAUCAAGGCAAAGGAUUAUAAAGUGAAAUACGACAAAGGAUGCCACAGCUAUUCGAGUGUUACAUCAAUUUGAUUGACAAACAGUCAAGUCUAGAUAUAUCGAAUGUCAAUCAAGAGCAGACUUAUUAUAGUGAAUGAUUCAUGUGAUCAGUCAACUGCAAGGCAGACUCCUUGACUUUAUAUGCAUGACAGCACUACCAUGAUUGAAGAACUUCACCUUCUAGGUGCUCAAUCAACCUUCAAUCAUUUGAUAAAUUUUACAACAUUUCAUAUUUUGAAACGGUGUUUAUAUUACAGUUACUCUGAAGACUUUCAAUAAGUCAACCUUCAUACUUGUUAGUCAUUCAAUCACUUUGAUUGAUGACUUCAGGCAUUAACUUUCAGCAAAUAACUGUAUUAUUCGUAUCCGCUAAGUCCUCUUAGCAGAGAGUCAAUUCAUACCACUUACUAAUCUCUCUCUCUCUCUCUCCUUCUCUCACCCUCUCUCUCCCCCACUCUCCAGCUACCCGCGCAUCCUCUAAAAGCAAGCAAUCUGCUCACACUGCUGCUGCUGACGGCGACAAUGUUGCAGGCGCGUCGCAUCUCCAGCCGACGACUCGUUAUCCACGUGCCCGUCAAGGUGAAGACGCAUCAUCACACCCACACGGUCUACAAGGUGUUGCGCGGCGCUGCAGGAGGCGGCGGCGCAGGGGGCGGCGGCAUUAAGCAGACAGUCUACAAAGUCGUGGGCUUCUCUGGCGAAGGUGGCGGCGGGGGCGGGAGUGGUCACGGCGAUAUGGGGCGUGGCAGUCACAGUCACAGUCCAGGUCACAGCUACAGUCACAGUCACAGUCACGGCUUGGGCCUGGGCAUGGGCAUGGGCAUGGGCGAGAUCACGUAUGAGGACAAGCAUGGCUGUGAGAGCGGCAAGCUGAUGCCAUCGCAUCGGGACAUGUUAUUCAAUCAUUAUGCGCGCCACGACCAGGAGGAGGCGGAGGACGCCGACUAUGCGGAGGAGCGGGACGAGUUCAUUGAUGUCAGGGAUGCCUGGUUGUGAAUAAAGUCGUGUGAAAAACGUUGCCGAUUAAUUAUAAAAUUCCAGCAGCCAAAGAAAUUAUACUCAACUAUCAACUGAGAGGGAGAGAAAGAGAGAGGGAGAGAGAUGGAGAGAGAAAGACAGAAGGUCGCUGCAUUUGCAUGCGGCUCAAAGUAAUUACAAAAUUGUUCAAGUCAUGUAGACAUCCUCGCCCAUGUCCGACUGCUACUGCUCCUCCUCCUCCUCCUCCUUUUCCCCCUCCUCCUGUCUUCUGUCUGGCAAUGGUAAAAAUGCCAGCUAUGAAGUUGUCUCGUAGUCGCCGUCAAAAUCGAAACCCGAUUCGGAUUUGGCGUCUCUCGUUUCUAUGCCUUUUGUUGUUUGCUUCUCGUCUCUUUCCGCAUUGGGUUUGUUGUAAUUCCAAAUAGCAAGGGGUAAUGGCUGGGUGGGGGGCGUAUUAGAGCCAGGGGUAGACAGCACUACUGACUGCGGCCAGUCGCGCACUUGAACCUCAACUUUAAGCAUUUGCAUAGCUCUCGACUCUCGAGCCGGCAGAGAACGACCAUGGCAUAUUUCAGAGGACAAUUAAAAGUAACAAAAUGGAUGUAAACACAACUGGCAAGACGGCGAGGCAGACCAUAAGAUAUAAUAGCAGUUAGGAGUAGGUAGACAAUAAGAAACUACGGUUCGGAAAACUAUUAGGAAAUACUAUAGGGAUAAACAAUUAUACCAGGGCGAGUAGUACUAAAAAAAUACAAAAGCUGAUCAGAAAAUCGUUUCGGAGUAAAUUUCGGAGUAAUAUUCAUUCGGAGUAUUUUUCGGAAUACUUUUUCGGAAGUCUAUAUCACUCUAUAUAUAAUAAAGUACAAUUCGGAAUAUGUUUCGGAGUAAGCAACUUAAGUUACGCAAUGUAGACUUAUUAUAAUUAGGAGUAUUAUAAGUACUACUUGAGAAUUUAUUAGACACGAAAAAAGAAUAUACUUUUAGCUAUAAUAUAUAUAUAACUGUAAGUAAAUUCUAAAACCCAAGCAAUUCUUAUCAAUAAUACAUCAAGUGGAAUCACGUUGAUUGAGGCGCACAUUUGAAUAAAGAAACCGGUCUCGAUUUCAAUAUACGAGCUAAUCCUAGUGAUUAUCCAACAUCAAUUGUCUGGCGAGCUGACGUUUCGGCUACUGUGCGCAGCUGCUGUAUUAUGCAUGGCCAUUAGGCCCGCCGGACCUGACCCGUAAUCCAUUUAAAGUGUCAGCAGUCAGCAGGAUGGUGCGGGUCCUCGGAUUUGAAGUGCAGCGGCCCAAGCUGUGCCUGACAUAAGUUGGAUUGAUCACGGCGAGUCGCGGAGACAGGUGCAGAAUAAUUUGCAUUUAAUUGAAGGCGACAGGGUGUCCGAGAGAGACAGAGAGAGAGAUAGCAAUACGAGUGUUCGGGGUGAGCAUGAUGAAUGCGUCUGCCUGGCCAGCAAGAGGUGCGCACCACGGGUGGGCCUGGCGCCAGUUUUGCUUUCAAUUGAUAUAAAUGUGGCCAUUCAAAGGCAUUUAGCCUAUCCCACAGGCCAACAAUCUUGCCAAGACCGGCCGGAACAGACCGGCGCUAAUCCACUUUGUGGCACGUGGAAAGACUCGAGACAGCGGCGAGACGCGCUGCUCCUGCUGAUGAGUUAAGCAUCGGGGUUUUUGUUCCUCAAUGCGCACAGUUAUUAACAUUUUUAAGCCUUUGUGCACACACACACACAAAGAGACAGAGAGGGAGAGAGAGAGACAUACAUACACACACACACACACACAUUCUUGCAGACAACAAAGCGCACAACAAUUUGACCAAAUGCUGAGCUUAGAGCAUGAGUGGCAGAGAGAGAACGAGAGGGGGAGGAAGGGAGAACAAAUAGCUGCAUCGAAAUCAGGCAUAGCUGACUGCAUAAUGCCCGCUCGGGACUCAUUCCGUAGUUAGUUAUAUAAUCUCUACACUCGCAUAAGCAAACCCUAAACACCCUUAUUCGCUUUGUGAACGAGCAUGAAUUGAAUUCCAUUCACUGGCCAUAUAGAAUCAUCUCUUGAGCUGCUAAGCCCCAAUUUGUAUGCCAGUUGUUGGCCUCGAACUGUUUUCAGGAGUCGCCAUCAAAAGUUUCCUGGCCUGCGGUCCAAAACAAAUCUAUUGAUUUUGCUCAAAUGGCUUUUGUGCUCAGCUCCGGCCCGGUCCGGUCCAAGCAAAUAUGCGACGGAAACUGGCACAAUUUCAAUUGACUACUCAAAAUUGUUUUUACCUGCUGGACAGGUGAACAGGUGGAGCGGAGGGAAGCACUUCAAAUAGUUAUACUGAUUUAGAGAAACUUGCGGAGCAACUUGCAAUCUGCUUGGGCAAAGUUUAUUACACAAAAUGCUGAAAAACAUUUCAAAUGUGGCUACUGGCGUUUUGCAACACUGCCAAUCACAAAGGUAAAAAAGAAAGCUAUAUUAAUUUCACUAACAGCUUACAUUAAAAGUUAACGUUUUGCCUUGACUCUAUAUUGAAGCUAUAAAUUGGCUUUACAGCACUAAAAUAUAACUAUCUUUGAUAUUGUUCAACACUAUUAUUAGUAUUAUAGAAACUAGGCCAGCUAGUAGUUUUGCUGGCAAGCAAAUUUGAUUUAGCUCCUUCAGAUAAUAAUAAAUAUACGAUUACUUAUAAAACUUUCCAGCACUAAAUAUUACUAUUAUUUAUUUUAUUCUAUGUGUUUUACUCAUACUAUGGAAAUUUUUAGCUAUUGAUCCUAGGCAAAUCUGUCGAUCAAUGACCAAUUGCAUUGAUAUAUGGUAAUAAUAUGGCAAUAUCUUAAACUUUAUCCAACACUCAAGUUAUUUCUGACCUUAUACAACACAUCAGAAUUGACCACCGUAUUCAGUAUUGCUUUAUAUACUUAGUCAAAAAAAUCCUCUCAGAGUAUCACUCAAAGCUUUCAGAUUUCCCUUUCAAACAUUUCACAACACUGGCUGUGCUCUUAAAGUGCUAGCAGCGCAUUUCAAAUUCGUUGAAUUUGAAUCUCUGGCUCGUUACAUGUAGCAUUUGCGUAAUUGAAUUGGACACCGAAACGCCGUGCAGUUGGGCAGCUUGUUUACCCUUUGUCUAGCCCUUUGAUAUUUCAUUUUGUGCUGCCUCAGUGCCACAAAUUGUAUGGCUGGCUGUUUGCUUAAUUGGUUUCAUUAGGGCUCCAUGGAGCACUUGC